AUGGUGCCACCAGCGCCGUCUCAGGACUCUAUGGUGCCACCAGCGUCGUCUCAGGACUCUAUGGUGCCACCAGCGCCGUCUCAGGACUCUAUAGUGCCACCAGCGCCGUCUCAGGACUCUAUGGUGCCACCAGUGUCGUCUCAGGACUCUAUGGUGCCACCAGUGUCGCCUCAGGACUCUAUGGUGCCACCAGCGUCGUCUCAGGACUCUAUGGUGCCACCAGUGUCGUCUCAGGACUCUAUGGUGCCACCAGCGUCGUCUCAGGACUCUAUGGUGCCACCAGCGUCGUCUCAGGACUCUAUGGUGCCACCAGCGUCGUCUCAGGACUCUAUGGUGCCACCAGCGCCGUCUCAGGACUCUAUGGUGCCACCAGCGUCGUCUCAGGACUCUAUGGUGCCACCAGCGUCGUCUCAGGACUCUAUGGUGCCACCAGCGUCGCCUCAGGACUCUAUGGUGCCACCAGCGUCGUCUCAGGACUCUAUGGUGCCACCAGCGUCGCCUCAGGACUCUAUGGUGCCACCAGCGCCGUCUCAGGACUCUAUGGUGCCACCAGCGUCGUCUCAGGACUCUAUGGUGCCACCAGCGCCGUCUCAGGACUCUAUGGUGCCACCAGCGCCGUCUCAGGACUCUAUGGUGCCACCAGCGCCGUCUCAGGACUCUAUGGUGCCACCAGCGUCGUCUCAGGACUCUAUGGUGCCACCAGCGCCGUCUCAGGACUCUAUGGUGCCACCAGUGACGUCUCAGGACUCUAUGGUGCCACCAGUGUCGUCUCAGGACUCUAUGGUGCCACCAGUGCCGCCUCAGGACUCUAUGGUGCCACCAGCGUCGUCUCAGGACUCUAUGGUGCCACCAGCGUCGUCUCAGGACUCUAUGGUGCCACCAGCGUCGUCUCAGGACUCUAUGGUGCCACCAGCGUCGCCUCAGGACUCUAUGGUGCCACCAGUGCCGUCUCAGGACUCUAUGGUGCCACCAGCGUCGUCUCAGGACUCUAUGGUGCCACCAGCGCCGUCUCAGGACUCUAUGGUGCCACCAGAGACGUCUCAGGACUCUAUGGUGCCACCAGCGCCGUCUCAGGACUCUAUGGUGCCACCAGUGUCGCCUCAGGACUCUAUGGUGCCACCAGCGCCGUCUCAGGACUCUAUGGUGCCACCAGUGUCGCCUCAGGACUCUAUGGUGCCAGCAGCGCCGUCUCUGGACUCUAUGGUGCCACCAGCGUCGUCUCAGGACUCUAUGGUGCCACCAGCGCCGUCUCAGGACUCUAUGGUGCCACCAGCGUCGUCUCAGGACUCUAUGGUGCCACCAGCGUCGUCUCAGGACUCUAUGGUGCCACCAGCGUCGCCUCAGGACUCUAUGGUGCCACCAGCGUCGCCUCAGGACUCUAUGGUGCCACCAGCGUCGCCUCAGGACUCUAUGGUGCCACCAGCGCCGUCUCAGGACUCUAUGGUGCCACCAGCGUCGUCUCAGGACUCUAUGGUGCCACCAGCGCCGUCUCAGGACUCUAUGGUGCCACCAGCGCCGUCUCAGGACUCUAUGGUGCCACCAGCGCCGUCUCAGGACUCUAUGGUGCCACCAGUGCCGUCUCAGGACUCUAUGGUGCCACCAGCGCCGUCUCAGGACUCUAUGGUGCCACCAGCGCCGUCUCAGGACUCUAUGGUGCCACCAGCGUCGUCUCAGGACUCUAUGGUGCCACCAGUGUCGUCUCAGGACUCUAUGGUGCCACCAGCGUCGUCUCAGGACUCUAUGGUGCCACCAGCGUCGUCUCAGGACUCUAUGGUGCCACCAGCGUCGUCUCAGGACUCUAUGGUGCCACCAGCGUCGCCUCAGGACUCUAUGGUGCCACCAGUACCGCCUCAGGACUCUAUGGUGCCACCAGCGUCGUCUCAGGACUCUAUGGUGCCACCAGCGCCGUCUCAGGACUCUAUGGUGCCACCAGAGUCGCCUCAGGACUCUAUGGUGCCACCAGCGCCGUCUCAGGACUCUAUGGUGCCACCAGUGUCGCCUCAGGACUCUAUGGUGCCAGCAGCGCCGUCUCUAAACUCUAUGGUGCCACCAGCGUCGUCUCAGGACUCUAUGGUGCCACCAGCGUCGUCUCAGGACUCUAUGGUGCCACCAGCGUCGUCUCAGGACUCUAUAGUGCCACCAGCGUCGUCUCAGGACUCUAUGGUGCCACCAGCGCCGUCUCAAGACUCUAUGGUGCCACCAGCGCCGUCUCAAGACUCUAUGGUGCCACCAGCGUCGUCUCAAGACUCUAUGGUGCCACCAGUGUCGUCUCAGGACUCUAUGGUGCCACCAGCGCCGUCUCAGGACUCUAUGGUGCCAGCAGCGUCGCCUCAGGACUCUAUGGUGCCAGCAGCGUCGUCUCAGGACUCUAUGGUGCCACCAGCGUCGUCUCAGGACUCUAUGGUGCCACCAGCGUCGUCUCAAGACUCUAUGGUGCCACCAGCGUCGUCUCAAGACUCUAUGGUGCCACCAGCGUCGUCUCAAGACUCUAUGGUGCCACCAGCGCCGUCUCAAGACUCUAUGGUGCCACCAGCGUCGUCUCAAGACUCUAUGGUGCCACCAGUGUCGUCUCAGGACUCUAUGGUGCCACCAGCGCCGUCUCAAGACUCUAUGGUGCCACCAGCGCCGUCUCAGGACUCUAUGGUGCCACCAGCGCCGUCUCAGGACUCUAUGGUGCCACCAGCGCCGUCUCAGGACUCUAUGGUGCCAGCAGCGUCGCCUCAGGACUCUAUGGUGCCAGCAGCGUCGCCUCAGGACUCUAUGGUGCCAGCAGCGUCGUCUCAGGACUCUAUGGUGCCACCAGCGUCGCCUCAGGACUCUAUGGUGCCACCAGCGUCGCCUCAGGACUCUAUGGUGCCACCAGCGUCGCCUCAGGACUCUAUGGUGCCACCAGUGUCGUCUCAGGACUCUAUGGUGCCACCAGCGCCGUCUCAGGACUCUAUGGUGCCACCAGUGUCGUCUCAGGACUCUAUGGUGCCACCAGCGUCGUCUCAGGCAAAGGUUCCACGCUGGGGCUGCAUAUUCAAGCGUGGGUCUGACCUUUGCUAUAUAGGGACUAAAACAGGUCAAGUUUGUAAAGGAUACCCGGAUGUUGGCCAGAAUGCCAUACAAAAGCCAUUAGCCCACUCUGCUCAUGUGGGCUUCUGGCUUCAGAUUUGGGGUCUUAUUUUGACAAAGGUGAUGGAGUUGUAG